CAGACCAGGAGGACGCCCCCCGGGAGCUGCGCCCAAGCCUGGAGGGUGAGGAUCUGGAGGAGCUAGACCUGCAGCUGGCCCUGGCCUGGCGGGGUGAUGAGGACAAUGGCGGGGGUGGUCAGGGGGCACCCGCCCGGGCCCCCCACUGCCCCUCCAUCGCCUUCAAGGAACCGCCCACCCGAAACUCCUGGAGGCUGGACUGAGCUGGGCACUGCCCUCGGGCCCAGGGCCCAGGUGCCACCCUCCUUUCCGCCGUACAGACUGGACCUGUGCUCCCGGAGCCCUUUCUCCACGGCUCUGCCCUGUCUUGCAGAGAACGUUCCCUUUCUUGGCUUCCAGGACACUGACUAUUUCUACCCUCCUGCGCCCCCAGACUUUCAGAGUUUAACCCCACCCAGCCUCCAGCAAGCUGCAGGCCAUCUGUCCACCCAGAGUGCCAAGAAGAUUUUAAAAAUAAUAAUAUUAGUAGCCAGCCCUUGCCUAGUGCUUAGUACAUGCCUGCUGCUAUUGUGCUAAAUGAGCCAUUUCCAUGUAUUAUCUCAUUUAAUCCUCUGAGUGAGACUUAGAUGGGGAAAUGGAGGCACACAGCCUAGAAAUGACUUGUUUGGGGUUCUGCCCCCACUCACUCUUCUGAGCUCACCCACUUCCGAAUACCACCCCCCCCUCCCCCCGACUCCACACCUCAUUCCCGGCUCCACUGCUCUGUUGCUGGAUCUGUUUCUGGGGGUCCUGAAUACCAGGACAGCCUGCGAACUGGGGACAGCACCUGAGGCUUCCUUCCCUUCCAAGCUUUGCACAGGACAGACAUACAGUAGGCGCUUCAUAUAUGCCCGCUGGCUGGUCGAAGGGGGCCUGUUCUAGGGCUGGGUUGCCUGAGCAAUGACACGUGAGUGGCCCAUCCGCACGGUGGUUAGAGUCAGACCUCAGGAAAGUAUGCAGUGAGCACUCCAUAAGUGCAUGUGCAAUGAUGCUGGCAUUCUCCAGCCCCCAGCCUGUGGAGGUCUCACAAGCCUGAAGAAGGGCCAGCCCCCACCCCCUGGCCUCCCUCCCACGUGCCUGGGCUGUGGCUGUCCUGUGGCAGCUGGGGGGGCCCUCCUGCACUCCCGCAGGCCCCGUAUCUAAUCAACCCGGGGACCAAAGUUGAGAGCCUGAGUCAUCAGCUGCCCAGGGUGCCCUGAUCUCUGGCCACAGGGAGUGGCUGGGUUUGGUGAUGACUAGUGGCCCAUCACUCAUCCUUCCAGUUCAGUCCUCACCCCGUCAGUGACUGUGGGUCCCGAGGGGUCAGGGAAGCAGGAUGAGGCAGAGCAAGCUGGUGGGGAGGGAGACCCAAGCUCUGGCCGUUUCUGCACCACCGCUGUGCUCCUGGCCUCCCUGCGCUUCUAUAAAUGGAGGUGUUCAGAGAAGGAAGCAUGACACAUAAAAGUGCUGAGCCUGGGCUGGGAAAAGGGCUAGGGCCGCCCCAGCCUGGCCCCGGUAGCGUGGAGCCUGGGGGACCUCGGCAUUGGCGGUCCUGGGCAGGCGCAGGGCGCAGGUGCCAGAGUCCCUGGGUUAAUUGUUACACCAGGUCCAGAGUCUGCCCUCCUGGAGGGAGGGGGAUGCCAACCAGGUAGGGCGAAGGGAGGGCCUGCCCCUGCCCCGGACCCACCUGCGCCUUAUCAGGGGCUGGGCAGGGCCUCGCCCAGCCAAAGAGGACCGGGCUCGUCCGGACUGCACACUCCCGCUGCCGGCUCCUCCACGCCAUGGAGGCCCUGAAGACCCUUCUGGUGAUCAGCGCCCUGCUCCUCUUGCCCGCUGAAGCCCAGCAGGCCACCGAGCAUCGCCUGCAGCCGUGGCUGCAGGGCCUGGCUGCCGUUGUGGGGUUCCUGUUCAUAGUGUUCGUCCUCUUGCUCGUCAACCGCAUCUGGUGUACCAAAAGGAGAGCCGAGGACGAUGAAUCCAUGUUCAUAAGGGAGACCAGGCCGUACCAGAGCACAGACCUGAGUAAAGAAGGCAAGAGAGAGAAGGAGAAAAGGGCCAAGAAGGAAGGAGAGAGCAACUUGGGGCUGGAACUGGAGGAGUCCCAACACCAGGCGAAAGCCACGAUCACCCCCAUGUGAAGAUUUCCUGCCCACCUCCUCCAGGCAGACCUCCAGAGAUGCCUCUGUAACAGGUGACCUGGACCUGAAACGACCGAAAUAACUACAGGAAUACAGACCCCGAAUGAAGAGGCUUGGGACCUGCCUCCCCCCACCCCCCAAGAGGGCUCUUUGCCCCUUCCAUGGUCUCUAUGCACCUCCUUUCCGAUUUGUCCUGUGUGGUGAUUCUUACUGACGCAUGAUGAAGAAAUCCCCUACCUCCCACAACCUCGUGGCUCCCCCGCUCCCACCCACUGUCUGGUUUCUUUUCCCUCUGCCUGAUAGUUCUUGGUUAGAACCUCCCCGCUCAGGAUCAAUAUGGGCCAGGACUGCCUCUUGGGAACUUGCAUUAAAUAAUUGAUCAGA